AUGAAAAUAUUUCAAACAGUAAAAAUUAUUGUUUUAAUUUUAAAAACAAUUUUAAUUGAAAAUAGUUCUUGUAAGAUUUAUGAUCAUUUUUAUAAAGUUGACUGUCCAAAAAACAGUGAAUCUGAUUAUAUGAAAAACUUUGUGUGCUUAAUAAGCAACAACAACAAAUCCUAUACUCUUACAGCAUACGGUGAUCUCAUUGUUCCAUUGACUUAUGUUGACUUCAAUCUUAAAAUGGUUUCUCGAUCGACAAACAAAGUUUUACUUAAUUUAACAGUUGAAUUUUGUAGUUCCUUUGGAAGUUUUCCACCUUACAUGACAUUUUUAUUUGAUAGUUUGAAAAAAUAUUCAAAUGAUUUUAUUCAUGCAUGUCCUUAUCGACCAACUAAGGAGAUAGGAAUUCAUGGAUAUCCAUUUGAUAAAAAUCUCAUUUCUUCAGCACUUGUUAAUUUCCCACGUGCUUUUAUUUUCAAUAUCUACAAUUGUCAGAAUCAACUGAACCUUUACAAAAUUGAGUGUGCAAAAGAUAAUGAAACUGAAUAUUUAAGGAACAUCAAAUGUGAACUGAAUAGAAAUGGAAAGGGAUCAAUUUUUGCAUCAGGACAUGCUGACUUGUUGAUUCCAGUCACUUAUGCAUUUUUUCAUUAUAAUGUGACUUACACAUCGACUGGCAAGACUAUUGUAAAUUAUAGCUUUGAAUAUUGCAGUUCCAUCAAAAAUAUUCCACCGCUAGCUAAUAUUUUACUAGAAUUAAUUAAAAGAUAUUCAAAUGAUUUAUUUCAUGAGUGUCCAUAUCCACCAACUAAACGUAUGGGAGUUGAAAGCUUUCCAGUUGAUUCGUUGUCAGUUUUUUUAUCCGCUUUUAAUCAUCAGCGUGGUGACUAUAAAACUAUUGCUCAAGUUCAUGACAAAAAUAGGAAAUUAAUUUUUUAUGUCAUUUUUUACACAAAUGUGUCAGCAAAGAGGCAAAAGAAAGCCAAAAGUGGCCAAGGACAAGCUAGAAUAAAUGUUUAUAAAUUUGACUGUCCAAAAGACAAUGAAACAGAGUAUUUGGAAAAUAUUGUCUUUUGUGAAUUAAGAGUUCUUAAAAAAGGAAGUUAUGGAAUUACUGGAUAUACAGACAUCCUAAUUCCAUUAACAUACAUAUAUGUGGACUACAAACUCAUCUACACGCCAUCAAAUAAAAUUUUAUUCAACUAUACAUUCGAGUACUGCAGUUCUUACGAUCACCUUCCGCCAUUCUUCCAUAUUGUCGUGGAAUACAUUAAAACUUUUUCAAAAAACUUUAUUCAUGCAUGUCCAUAUACUCCACAAAAACGAUUUGGGCUUGAAAAUUUUCCAUUUGACGCAAAUAUUCCAGUUCUGUCAAUGAUUAACUUCCAACGUGGAGAAUAUAAAUCUUCAUUAUACAGCAAAGAUAAGAAAGGGAACUUAGUUAUUUAUGUGGACUUCUUGUUUACGAUAUCACAAAAAAGAUCAGCCAAGAAGGGAGGCAGUGGGUGA